CUUCUUUUCUUCUUCUCCUCCCCCCUCGCCGCGCCGCCUCCCUCCCUCCUCCCUCCCCUCCGCUCUGCAGCAUUCGCCCGCUGCAGCUCCAGCCGCCCGCGCCUCCCGUCUCCGCAGCGCCGCCGCCAGCACCAUGGCCAGCACCAUGUCCGCCUACAAAGAGAAGAUGAAGGAGCUGUCUGUGCUGUCGCUCAUCUGCUCCUGCUUCUACUCACAACCACACCCCAACACCAUCUACCAGUAUGGGGACAUGGAGGUGAAGCAGCUGGACAAGAGGGCCUCUGGCCAGAGCUUUGAGGUCAUCCUCAAGUCCCCUUCUGACUUGUCACCGGAGAGCCCUGUGCUCUCCUCCCCCCCCAAGAGGAAGGACACCUCCCUGGAGGAGCUGCAGAAGCGGCUGGAGGCAGCUGAGGAGCGGAGGAAGACGCAGGAGGCGCAGGUGCUGAAGCAGCUGGCGGAGCGGCGCGAGCACGAGCGCGAGGUGCUGCACAAGGCGCUGGAGGAGAACAACAACUUCAGCCGCCUGGCCGAGGAGCGGCUCAACUACAAGAUGGAGCUCAGCAAGGAGAUCCGCGAGGCGCACCUGGCGGCGCUGCGCGAGCGGCUGCGCGAGAAGGAGCUGCACGCCGCCGAGGUGCGCAGGAACAAGGAGCAGCGAGAGGAGAUGUCGGGCUAAGCGGCUUCGGACACCGCACCUGGAUCCUGAGCCGACAAGAACACGUUCGGGUUUUGUUUUUGUUUUGUUCAA